GAGGCGGUGCUGCGCGGACUGCUGCGUCCUGAAGCAAACAUCUUCACAUCCUCCCAGCGCACUCCGCUUAUCGCUCCGACAUCCUCCUGAUCUCAGCUUUAUCUCUCACCACGGAGGGGAGCCGCGCCGACGUUAGAGCCUCCAGGCCUCCAAGGAUGGACCCCAUACCCGCGGGGCGAGACUCCACCUCAUCGCCAAGCUCCAAACAAGAACUUUCCUACUCGAGCAACCUGAAGCCCAACCAGGUCGGAGAGACCGUGCUGUACGGAAUACCCAUCGUGUCUCUGGUGAUAGAUGGGCAGGAGAGACUUUGCCUUGCGCAGAUAUCCAACACGCUGCUGAAGAACUACAGCUACAACGAAAUACACAACCGGCGCGUGGCGCUGGGGAUCACGUGCGUGCAGUGCACCCCUGUCCAGCUGGAGAUCCUGCGGAGAGCCGGGGCCAUGCCCAUCUCCUCCAGGCGCUGCGGGAUGAUCACUAAACGCGAGGCCGAGAGACUCUGUAAGUCGUUUUUGGGAGCCCACUCGCCUCCGAAGCUCCCAGAGAAUUUUGCAUUUGACGUGUCCCACGAGUGCGCCUGGGGGAGUCGGGGAAACUUCAUCCCGGCCCGGUACAACAGCUCCAGGGCCAAGUGCAUCAAGUGCUCCUAUUGCAACAUGUAUUUUUCUCCCAAUAAAUUCAUAUUUCACUCUCACCGCACGCCGGAGUCCAAGUACACCCAGCCAGACGCCGCUAAUUUUAAUUCCUGGAGACGGCACCUCAAACUGUCCGAUAAAAACGCGCCGACAGAUAUAUUACACGCGUGGGAAGACGUGAAGGCCAUGUUCAACGGGGGCAGCCGCAAGAGGACUCUGCCGGGCAGCGGGUCAGCCUCCAGCUCGCCCUUAAAAUCACAGGGACCCGACCGUCCCCGAGGCUCACCCGAAAUACCCGCCAAGCUCCUCAGCUGCGAGGACAACCGGGGAGGGAUGACGAGCACCCGCAGCUACCCGGUCAUCCCGGUGCCCAGCAAGGGCUUCGGCAUGCUGCAGAAGAUCCCCCCGCCGCUCUUCCCCCACCCGUACGGGUUCCCGGCCUUCGGCCUGUGCCAGAAGAAAGACGAGGGGAUGAUGGGCGAGCAGAGCAAAGCCGGCCUCCCGGGCGUCCUGUGGCCCGGUACCAAGGACAGCGCCUACCACCCCUUCCCCAUGUUCUGGCCCGCGGCGGGCGCGCUGCCCAUGCCCCCCUACCCGCAGAACCCGCACAAGCCCCCGCCGGAGCUGCUGUGCCCCCCCAGACAGACGGACAUGGACAUUUCCGAGCACAGCGACCGCAGCACCAACACGUCGAAGGACAGCGCGGUCGACAACGACCGCUGCUCCAGCACCCAGUCCAUGCGGAACGAGGACGACAAGUCCGGGGACGAGGGCAGGCCGAUGGAGGGGGUCACCCUCCCGCCCCGGAAGAUCAGCUACGUGUCCGCGUUCAGGCCCGUCAUCAAAGACGCAGACUGCAUCGCCAAGCUCUACGGGAACAGGGGCGCCUACAACGGGUGUCGCACCGGGUAUUUAUCCCCAGACUUUUUGAGCGAGAGCUCGAGCUACCGGUCCGUGUCCCCGUGCGUGGACAGCGAGGGCGAGCCGGACGUGGACGUGGAGACGAACAAGACGCCGGAGGAGGAGGACCGGGAGGAGGACGCCCGUCCCCUGUCCUCCGCCGUGUGCCCUCGGACUCCUCCCGGUUUGGCGCGCGCGGCCUCGCCAAACCACGCGGACUCCAAAGCGUUGCAGGACGGCGGUGCGCUCGAGUCCCAGAAAAUGAGCCUGCAUGUGAGCCAGUCCUCUGACAGGGAACUGCAGAGCAAGCAGUUAUCAGAGACCCACAUAGCCGCCUCUUUCACUGAAGUUUACACACCAGAGAGGAGUGAGCUACAACAAAGGAGCAGUCCUUAUCAGUUCAGACCAGCCAAUUACCUGCCCGGCGUUCUUCCAACUCAUGAUGAGAGUGCGAGCAAAGAGGAGCCGUCUUCCACUGUGGAGGAGAUCGAAACCAAAUCUUUUAAUGAACAAAGCAGCGAGGAGAUCCACAGAGAGCCGCAUGAGGGCGAGGACGCGUCAGCCAGAGCUCCGACUGCACAAAGAGACAUACAGAGUCUGGCGAAAGAGGAGCUACAGAAGCAGCUGUUGGAGCAGGUCGAGUUGAGGAAAAAGCUGGAGCGUGAAUUUCAGAACUUGAAAGACAAUUUCCAGGAUCAAAUGAAACGAGAGCUUUCCUACAGGGAGGAGAUGGUCCAGCAGCUGCACAUCGUCAGAGAAGCUCACGACGCGUUACACCAUUUCUCCUGUAAGAUGUUGACUCCUCGCCACUGCAGCGGAUCCUGCUCCUUCAAAUCUCCUCUGCUGCCACCGUGAACCACACACACAGCUGAAUGACAGGCGGUGAACAGACUCAUCCAUGGCUUCGGUCCAACAC